AUGGACGCGUCGGAUAAAUCGGCGGCGGCGCGGACGCCGGAGACGCUGACCCUGCGCGUCUCCGCGCUCGCGUUCGUGCGCCUCGCGAUCGAAACGCACGCCGUUGAUGCGUUCGCACCACACGUGAACGCGCUCGCGCCGUGCGUUUUCCGAGCGAGCGGCGACGCGUACUACAAGAUCGCCGCGGAGGCGAUGCGCGCGUGCGCCGCGUUGGUGCCCGUCCUCGCCGCCGCCCGCGCCGCCGCCGCCGCCGUCGUCGACGCCUCCGUCGCCGCCGAGCUCGCGGCCGCGUGCGCGUCGCGCGUCGCGCGCGUGGAUCAAGAUCAGGAGGUCAAGGAGGCUGCGAUCGCGUGCGCGGGCGCGAUGCUCGCGGAGCUGGGCGAGGACGGCGUCGGCGAGGCUGUCGCGCGGGAGACGCUGAGUUUGCUCGUCGACCGAUUAAAAAACGAGACGACGCGGCUGUGCGCGGUCAAAGCCAUCGGUCGAGCCGCGGCGUCGCCGGUCAAGUUGAACCUCAAGAUGAACGACGUCGCGUCGCGCGCGGCGACCGAGCUCGCGGGGUUCCUGCGGAAGGCGAACCGGCCGCUGCGGCAGGCGGCGGCGGCGGCGCUCGCCGCGCUCGCGACGAACCACGCGGCGGCGCUCUCAGGUGCGUUCUAUACACUGGUCCCCAUACGACCCUGUUGGCGUGGUGAACGCGAUUCCUUAAGGACUUUUGCCGGCGCAUCUCUCCGCACAUCCCUCGCUUUCAAUCCCCGCCCUCGGCGCCUUUCAACUCCAUCUGACGCCUUUGAACUCCACCCCCCCAUCGCUUUGUAUGGAACGACCCUCAGAUGACGUCGCGUCCGCCGUCGUCGAGGAGGCGUCCGCGCUCGUCGCGGACGCGGACGUCGCGCUCGCGUCCCCGGCGCUGGGGCUCGCGUCGAGCGUGUUGAGACGCGCGAGCGACUUCCCGAAGGCGUGCGAAAAGGCCAAGGCGCUCGUCGUCCCCGCGGCGUUGUCGCUGGCGUCGUCGCCGUUGAUGCAUAAGCCGGCGCUCGUCGCGUUGCGCGGCUUCUUCGCGGCGCUCACGCGCGCGAACCUCGCGGGCGCGGACUUCGAG